AUCAAAUGCAAUUUUUGCAACACAACACACUUCUCUCUUCCUCUCUCUUCUUUCUCUCUCCUCUUCCCAUUUUUGUUGGCUGUAAUCUGCUGACUACAGUGUGCAACCUGGCAGCAAUGCACUCUCCCCUUUUUAUCUUUUCCAUUACUUCUCUUCAAUAACACCCACCACCUCCACCACCAUUACUCCGCCCUAAUUAAUCAAUCCCGCCACCGCCCACCCCCCACCCCCCACCCCCCACCACCGUCAUUCUACAUUCAUUUUCUAUCUCUUCUUUAAAACACCCCUUUAGAUCCGGACUCUUAUCCCCCCCCCCCCCCCCCCUUAUAUUUCUCAGCUGAAACAAUUCAUUUUAAUUAUUUCAUUUUUUUAAUUUUUCUGGGUAAUUACCCAGAAAACUAAACCAAUUCUAUUCAAUUCAAUAAUCUCCGGGAUGAAGUUUUCUCACAAAGAUCCGGAGAAGCUGAUUUGGGAUCAGAUGAGAAGCCCAUCGUCCGUCAAUGUCGGGGGUUCCAACCAAAACAGAACCCUUUUCCCUAAACUCAUGCUAUGGCUUAUCCUCUCUGUUUCCGUCACUUAUCUUGUUUAUACCCUCAAACUCGUCUCCAAUCCCCACCCUUGCGACCUCCCCACCGUCACCACAUUCGACCCCCUCGGCCACCACCACCACAACCAACACCACAUCUCCUCCGUCCUCUCUCUUUCCAACUCCACCUCCACCGAAAACGAACACCGGAAGCUAGCAACUUCAACAACCUCUAUUACUAAAACAAAAUUAGCCAAGGUCGAGACCGACACCGGGCCCGGGACGACGAACAUAUCACACAUAGUAUUCGGCAUUGGCGGGUCGGCCAGCUUAUGGGAAGGUAGAAAAGAAUACAUCAAGAUUUGGUACAACAAAUCCGAGAUGAGAGGCAUUGUAUGGCUUGACGGAGAAGUUGAAAAGAGCGACCCAGAUGAAAAUCUGCCGGAAAUUAGAAUCUCCGAGGACACCUCAAAGUUCAGGUACACUAACAAACAAGGUCAUCGGUCGGCGAUACGGAUCUCCCGGAUAAUUUCCGAGACAUUGAGGCUAGGAAUUAAAGAUGUACGGUGGUUCGUAAUGGGAGACGACGACACCGUGUUUGUGACGGACAAUUUGGUUCGAGUAUUGAACAAGUAUGAUCAUAGACAGUAUUAUUACAUAGGGAGUAAUUCAGAGAGUCAUUUGCAGAAUAUAUAUUUCUCUUAUGCAAUGGCGUAUGGUGGUGGUGGGUUUGCUAUUAGUUAUCCUUUAGCUGUUGCUUUGGAGAAGAUGCAAGAUAGGUGUAUUCAAAGGUAUCCUGUUCUUUAUGGUAGUGAUGAUCGAAUGCAAGCUUGCAUGGCUGAACUCGGUGUUCCACUCACUAAAGAACUCGGUUUUCAUCAGUAUGAUGUCUAUGGAAACUUAUUUGGAUUGCUAGCUGCACACCCUGUUACGCCGUUUGUAUCCCUGCAUCACUUGGACGUGGUAGAACCCAUCUUCCCGAACGCGACUCAGGUUCAAGCCAUACAACGACUUAUGGUCCCGAUGAAGUUGGAUUCUGCUGGCCUUAUGCAGCAAUCUGUAUGCUACUACAAACCGAAGAAAUGGACCAUCUCGGUGUCUUGGGGUUUUGCUGUUCAAAUAAUACGGGGUGUAUUAUCGCCCCGUGAGAUGGAGAUGCCUACAAGGACGUUCUUGAAUUGGUAUAGACGGGCUGACUACACGGCGUAUGCAUUCAACACUCGUCCCGUGGCCCGAAAUCCUUGCCAGAAGCCCUUUGUUUAUUACUUGUCGAAAGCUAGAUUUGAUCAGGAGAAGAAUCAGACAGUGAGCGAGUACUUGCGGCAUCGUGUGCAACACCCGCUUUGCCGAUGGAGAAUGACUGAGCCUUCAACGAUUGAUAAGGUCAUAGUCUACAAGAAACAAGAUCCACUAUUGUGGACUAGGUCUCCAAGAAGGAAUUGCUGCAGAGUAUUGAAAUCAAGGACGAACGGGACUAUGCUUGUAGAUGUCGGUGUAUGUAAGGGAGGUGAGGUCAUUGAAGUAUAAAACUUGUGAACAAUAGAGAUAAAAAAAAACAAAAAAAAAUAUUAGAAGCAUUUUGUUAGUGUUAAUUAGUUCAUGUGCUUUAUUUUUCAGUUUACUGUAUUAAUUUUAUCUGUAGUUUUAUUAUCUCCAGAAAACAUUUCCAUGUUGAAAAUCUUUGGAUCCCACUGACUACCCACUAUAAAGAAAAAGGGUAUGGGUAUAUUGAAAUGUAGAGAAGUUGUACCUCAUAUCAUUUAUAAAUGGAAAAUCAUGUUAUUCUAUUA